GUAAGGGGAGGAAACAACCACUGAUAAAGAACUUCUACUGGAGACAAAGCAUGCUGAAUUAUUUCCGUCUAGAGGAUAUGGAUAGGGACGGGUAUGUUACGAUAGAGGAGAUGAUAGCCAACAUAAAACCUCUUCAGGAGUACUGUAGAGCGACCCCUAGGAAGAUGGACGCCCUAGCAACAGCCUUGUCAGUUUUCUGGGGUGAGGUCGGUCUGAAGCCUGGCAAGAAGGUGAAUAAGAAGAUGUUCUUGCGAGGUCUAAACAAGCUGGGGAAGAAGGAGCUGGAAAGAGAAGCUAGAGGGAAACCCACACUUCACAGUAAGGUGGCCCACGCCUUGUUCGACAUCAUUGACGAAAACAACAACAAUCAAAUAGCGGAUCAGGAGAUAGGAAAAUGGAUGGCAGCCUCGGGACUAGAUCCCAGUGAAGCCGGGAAAAUGCUGGAAGAAGCGGACAAGAAGAAGAAAGGUUAUAUCAGUAGAGAAGAGCUGAUAGAGUCGGAGUUCUGCUCUUUCUUUCAUCCGGAGAAGUGUAUGGUGCAGCUUGGGGUCAGGGUGGUGUAGCGGCUACACUGUAGCCACAUGUUUUAUCUUUUGUAUCUUUCAUUGUAUGAGGACAAUUUUCGUGGA